AUGAGCGGCGACUCGAAAGUAUGGGCACACUCGUCGGCGGACACUUGGGCAGCUCAAAGCGGAAUAUCAACGUACGAUCUGGACACUUCGAGCAUCAAACGGGAGAAGGUGGACACAUCUGAGGUGAGAAUUCCGAUGAACGACGCACUAGUCGGAUGAUGAACGAGCGAGUGAUAUGCGCGCCGCCGAGGCGUCGUCUUCCUGAUGAUUUUCACACAAAUCGGCCCUUAUCUGGCCUCGAUUUAUCUCCUCUUAAUCACAUUAAUCAUGUGUUUCUCUCUCGGUUUCAAUUUCUUCGCGGGGAGACGACGACGAAGACGGCGAUGCUGAUGCCUCAAAUCAGCGACGUCCUCUGCGUGUUUUCCUUUUCCACCUCAAAACAUUCGGAAAGAGUCUCUAGGAGUAAGUAGUCGAAAAUUGGAGGCAGGGCACACUCACACACACUCACACACACUCUUUGCCUCGCUCGAUUCUAAAACAGAAGAAAAAAGGGGGAAAAUGCAAUGCAUGCGCCAUGGCGAUGUAUUUUUUGCGACGGGUUCCCUCUCCCUCGUCGCCGUCGUGGUCUUCAUCGUCGUCUUCUUCUUCUUCUUUCUCGUCUUCUCGUUUCGCCACACACGUACUACGGUAGACGCUCGACGAUUGGCCAAAGGGGCGUGGCUCCGAAGCGAGAGAGAGAGAGAGAGGCAAGCCGGCGGGGCUAACGGGGGGCGACGAGCGGCCGAUCUGCUGGUUGCCCGUCGUAUUCGCAGGCCCUGCCUGCGCUGAAGGGCUCCGCCCACCGAUGGUCGCAGACAAGAUUGACAUACAACCGUUUUGAAGUGUGUGAGAAGUUGUCAUUUUCGAUAUUCAUCUGUCUGUCAUAUUAUUUACGUUCGUGUCGCACACUCACACGGAACACCACACACGCACUAAUCAAUCGAUCAACGACGACGCGACAAGGGGCGGGCGACAAGCUCUGACCACUGACUGACGGACGUGUCGAGUUCGAUCCCGACCAUCGUUCAUCUUAUUCAGCCGUGUCGGCGAUGGCGCAGAGGGUACUUCUUCUUCUUCUUCUUCUUCUCCUUCUCCUUCUUCUCCAGUCUUCUCUUCUGACAUUGACAUGAUACCAAGAGCGCCGCCAUCCUUUUCCAUCCAUUCUAUAAUUUAUCGUUGUGUUUGGCUUCCGAGUCGGAGUCAAGAUGGAGCUGCACUCAUUCUGCCGAGUACUCUCGGCAACGGAGCUCCACUCCAUUUUCCAGUCCGUUUCUGCCCCAAACUGGCGCCGCUUCUAGGUUAGGAAUAGAACGAAUUGAUCGACUCGAAACGAAUGCACUUUUACGAUUGUAUCAGUUUAGAACAGAUAAGAAAUUUAGUCCCAUUCUCGGUUUGUCUGCGGCAAACGUCGUAAACUGAAUGAGCCGACAGCCCAUCCGGAAGAGCCAUUAAAAUACUCAUAAUGGCUUCUGAACCCUUCCAAAAGUCUCAUUUUUGUGGAAAAUUUCAAUGGCGGCGUUCGUUCCGGCCCGUUUUUGUCAUUUUUCCGUCUUUCCUAUCACCACCAAUCCUAUCAUUAAUCAAUCAAUCAGAGAAUGGGGACGAGUCGAGAAGCAUGUCCCUUUCAAUCACUUUGACUUAUUCGAUACCACCCCAAUUCGACGCCUUUCCUUCCAUUCUUCUCACUUUUUCCUCUUCUCCUUCUUCGUCUUCGCCACACCGUUUUAUCCGUGUUCGCAUCGGACGACGAUCCCCUGUUCGGUUAGGGGCGCACGAAGAUUUAUUUCGUCAAAAAAUGCUAUCAUAGUGCCGGCAUCUGGAACUGUGAACGGACGGAAAGACGGACACAUUCACAGUUUCAAUGCGGCCUUAUUUCGUUCAAACCCCAGAAGAGAGACUGUAGUUCUAAUUUCUAGAUAAGUCGAAUGUAGCGAUAGAUCUAAACAUUCAUAGUCUGUCUCAUCUUAUCUUAUCCUUAUAAAUUGCAGCAGUUCAACGAUGGCUACGGACCGCCACCCGGCUCUGCGAGUACCGAUCCGGCCAGCUACGUCGCCGACCCAACAGCCUUCUACAAUCUAUAUUCGAACAUGGGCGCUGCUCCGACGACCACUCCGAUGAUGCACCACGAGAUGGGCGAGGCCAUGAAAAGGGACAAGGAUGCCAUCUACGCGUGAGUCGUCUUUUUCUUUUCCUUAUUUGCCACUAACUCUCACUCAUUUUCAGCCAUCCCCUCUACCCACUUUUGGUUGUGCUCUUCGAGAAGUGUGAGCUGGCAACUUCGACACCGCGGGAGACGUCUCGUGACGGAACCACGUCAUCGGAUGUUUGCUCAAGCGCAUCCUUUAAAGAUGACCUCAAUGAAUUUGUAAGACACGUGAGUCGAUUUGAAAACGUACCGAAAAGUGCAAAAUAUAGUAGACCGUAAUAUUACAGACGCAGGAAAAUGCUGACAAGCAGUACUAUGUGCCGAAUCCGCAAUUAGACCAAAUUAUGCUGCAAUCAAUUCAGAUGCUUCGUUUCCACCUCCUCGAGCUCGAAAAGGUUUGUGAAUUGACUGACUGCCUAAAAGACUGCUCCGGAGAGCCCAGAGACAAAUGCGUAGAGUGAGCGUGUUAGCGGGGUGCCAGUGUCUGCGUCUCCAGCCAUUUUUAGCCACAAACGUCGACACUGUUCACAGUUAUCAACUCGGUUAUCAACUGUUCUCAAGUGUACUUUCUUGGGCGCCGACUGGCACCAUAUCAGUUGAGAGGCGAUUGCAGCUGCACUAAAUGCAAACAUUCACGGUCAUAUUUUCAGGUCCACGAACUCUGCGACAACUUUUGCAACCGUUAUGUGACGUGCCUCAAAGGCAAGAUGCCGUUGGACAUUGUCGGCGACGAAAGGGCUUCCUCUUCCCAGCCGCCCAUGUCCCCUGGCUCCAUGGGCCAUCACGGGCACUCGUCGUCUCCUUCGAUGGCCGGAGCUGCCACUCCGAUGGGACACUAUCCGCCGUACGAGCCACAGUCGGUACCGUUGCCGGAGAACGCCGGUGUGUUGGGACAUUCGUUGGAGGUGAGAAACAGAAAGAUUUGGAUGAAUGACAACUGACACCCGUGGCGGAUGACGGCAGUGUCUGAGGGAGAGAUAAUUUAGUGGCGGCUAGGCUAGGUGCUCACGGAUGAUGAUCAAGUGAGCGAUAAAAACACGAUGACUGCGAUGUCAUUUUAUUAUUGCUUCUUCUCCAUUUUCCUUUCGAUGAGAACUGUGCGAACAAGUGUGCAACUGCGCGAAUCGGGAUGCGGAUAAUGGGGGUGAGGAGAGUCAAUCUAGUAAAGUGCGGGAUGGGUGUCAAUAAUUGGAUUCGCACACACCGCACAUUUGACCACACGGCUCUCUCUAUCCGCAUCGCGCCUGUCUCCAUCAUAGAUUUGGUUGUGUCAACCAGCGAAUGAUUAGGCGGCAAAUAUGGGAGCGCACAGCGGGAGGGUAAACGACACCCACAACAGUGGCUAGAUGUUCGUCGUCGUCGGCGGCGGCGGCUUCGAACAAUAAGAAAGUACUUGACUCAAUGGGAUAGCGGGAAAAAACGACAGAGGAAAACGUAGAAGACGACGGAACGCGCGCACACGAAUUUGCAUAAUUCGAAUGAGCGAGUAUCGUCGGCGGUUUUUUGGGGACGUCUUUUCAUGUUACCGUCACUCGGGAGAAACCCAUACAGUCUACCGAAGAAAUGAGGAAAUAAUUCUGAGUUUAGGGGUCGUCGAUGGCGUACGCGAUGGCUGGAAUGGCGGCUGCGGCGGCGGCGUCCUCGUCGUCUGCAAUUCAACCCGGGGAUCACCCUUUAGUGAACGGCGGGACGCUCCACACGACGGCUGGAGCCUCCCAGACGCUGUUGCCCGUAGCCGUCCGUAGUCCAUCGACGUGUUCGUCGGGAGGAUUGCGACAGGACUCGACGCCGUUGCCCGGAGAGACACCAACUGCUCUCGCAAACGGAAACUCGUUGGAUUCUAUUUCAGAAGCCGGUUAGUCUCUUUUCUUUUUGGGAUGGUUCCCUUUAACUCUAGAUCCACGACGACAUCCCUUUGUCGGCGGCUAACAUCCCUUCUGUAUCGGACCUCUGUGAUGCUCUCCUCUUUUCCCUCUUCCAUCCCAUUUCCAGUCUUUCCUUUCUCUCCCUCUCUCUUCUUAUCCUAACCGCCUUUUUCCAUUCAUUCAUUCAAGCAUGGUACGUACGUAUAAUAAUAAUAAUUGCCAUUAUCGUCGACUCUUCGAAUAACACUUGUAUGUGCAUUUGCCUGCAACUGACACUUUUGGUUCGUCGCCACCGCUUUCUAUGUUAUUAUUCCGCGUUUUCUGGCUUAGCAGGUCCUCCUCCCGCUCUGCUUCAUCACCUUCAUCACCCGGAAUUCCUGUCCCAUCCGCCCAACAACAUCAUCGAGCAAAGCCUCCAUUGUGCCGGUCUCUCGAUGCUUGACGCUUCGCUCGUCCCGCCGUCCUCGUCGUCGUCCGACUAUCAGUGCGGAAACGGCGACAUGAUGUCUAUGUACCAUCAUUCGCACGAUUCCUCCGUCUAUCAAGAUAUGGGAGCCUACGAGUCGUACGGUGUCUAUACGCCUGAUGUCGUGGCGCCUAUUGAAGUGAAACAGGAACCGUGUUCAGCGAAAAGCGGCAAGAAGCAGGCGGCGGCGAGUCAGAACGGAGCCAACGGAGGGCGAGUGGGGAAGAGCAGAGGACGUGGAAUAUUCCCGAAGCAAGCCACGAACCGACUUCGGCAGUGGCUUUUCCAGAACCUUACGGUAAGCACGACUGAGUUCUCUUUCUGUUAUUUGUUGGCCGCACUAAAUAUGUGUUUUUGAGUUAUCACACAAGUUGUCCCACACAAUGUCCUGUUCAUUUUUGUUCUUUUUACAAACUUGUCAUUCUCAUUCUCUCUCUCUCUCUCUAUUUCUCUGAGCAUCACAGUUAGGGUCCGAAUACAUGGAGGGUUGGAUUCUGGAGCCAACCUCAUCCUUCCAUGUAUUCCAGGCGACGAAUUCUCCGUGUGCGGUUCGAAUGAAGACGGCCGUGAGUCUGUUCUUUCGGACUCGGCGAACGGCAGUCAGAACGGCAAACGGAAAGUGCCGAAGGUGUUCUCGAAGGAGGCCAUCACGAAAUUCCGCGCGUGGCUAUUUCAAAAUCUAACGGUAAGUAAGGUCUUUUUCUUCUCACCUCUGUCUCUCUUAUCUUCAUAUUCAUCGCUUUGUUUCCUUCCAUUUUUUUUCUCGUUUUUCACCAUCCCCUCCCCUUCCUCUACUACUACUACAGUAAUCUCUGUACAACUUGUUCUUUCGGGGGGCCACCAGGGGCCGGAGAGUGUGUGCGAGUGUCUCUACACGAAGAGAGGAGCGCAGGGGCACCACCACCAACAUUCAUAGUGUAACAUAAUUUUACAACUGGUCAGAGGUCACUUUUGUGGUCCAAACAGAUGAUGAGAAAGAUGAGGGCACCGGAGAGGGGAACUUUUUUAUCCCGAGAGCAGCUCGCGUGAUCGGGCAGAAGCCGGCUGUUCAGGAUUGGUUCCCACGACAAAUGGUGGUGCCUUGAUUGAUACGGGUCCCGCGGAAACGGAAACAAAUGAUGUCGGACGAAUAACAAAUUGAUUUCAGCAUCCGUACCCAUCUGAAGAGCAGAAGCGAUCACUGGCACAGGAAACGGGUCUCACGAUUCUUCAGGUCAAUAACUGGUGAGUUCAAGCAUUCCUUUCAUGUGCGCCAAUUGUUUAUGUAUUCAAAAGUGUAUGUUCUUUUUGACGGGGGGGUAUCGGAUGACUGGAGACGAAAGCGGAUGCCGAGUUGUGUCGGCGACUUUAGAGUGUUCGGGAUGCGUCUGCCGGCGGAGCGCGUGCGCGAUCGAGGAUAAACACUGUAUUUGACCGGCGAUUGCGUCAUUCCGGUCGCUGAUGAGUGCCUAGAUUAUCAUGGGGGUCCGACCUGUGCAACGUCCAAGUUUGCCAGAUUACUGAGGGGUUUUCUCCAAGUACAGCGCGCCCGCUUUCACAGUUUCAAACGCAGUUCAUCUGAAGUGACAGCCGAUCAAUCGACAUCUUAUCUUUUGCCUUCACCCUUUGAUGCCAAUGAUUUAUGAGGUGUGAAUCAACUAGAAAUUGGGUAGCGAUUGCCAAUUAUAUCAUGCUCAAUUGCACCCAAACAGUCGGUAAUGGGAUGCGCAUGGCAGCAGAGAUUCGACCGGAGCACCCGCUCAUUAUCUAUCCUGAAUGUGUCGCCAAACAGUUGACUUUGGAGGAGACACUUGUUGCGGGCAAUAAUAAAUUGACGGGUUGUUGCGGCGGUUUCGAUGUCAUUCCGACCUCCGCAACUACUUUUGUCCCGUCCCUUUGUUCCGGAAGAUGGGCGGUUUCGAAAUCAGACGACGAGCCCUCGUUUUCUGAAGAAGGGAGAACUGUUUGCAACUGGCCACCUGGCCGUCAUCCUCGUCUUUUCCGUCAGGAACUGGACCGAAUCUUCAACGAUUCAGUCUCAUUAUCCUGCCGCGAACAACGCUCAUUGAGUGGACGUUUGACUGACAUUUCGUGUCAAACUGACGUACGACCACCCAUGAAUCGGCCACCUCCACUUAUUCGUUUUCUGCUGCUGCUGCUCCUCCCACGCCUCCUUUUUCGGUCAACGGAGAGGAUGAGAAGAAGCAGGAGGGACCAUCACGGGGAUCAAAACUGAUGAUAGCGGAUGAUAAGAAGAUUGCUUGGGUAGAGCAUGUGGAAGCUCCCGAAGGAGUUGGAAGAUGGAUGGAGCCGCUCGUUCUCGCUAAUGCAUAACAAAUGACCUGCGAGUUGUUGUUUCGGCCGGAGAAGAGUGAAAAGAUGCUUCUUGGCGAUUCAAUUAAAGUCAAAUUUGGCACCCGCUCAACGGCCAAACACAUAUUUUUUCACAGUUGUGCAUUCAAAUUUGAAAAAAGCAACAGUUGGAGGGAGAGUCGGCUGCGUCUUCUUCUUCGUCAUCGUCGUCGUCGUCGUCCCCAGUCGAUUACCGUACUCCUAGGCGGCAAUUCGAACAGAGGCGACGAGAGAGUGUGUGAGACGGAGAGAAGCCGGACGCGGGCUGGCAGAGAGACAGCCUUGGCAAUGAUGGAUCGACGCAGCUGGCGACGUUGACAAGCCGAAGCGAAGCAGUGGGAAAUAGUGGAAGGAGAAGACGGGGGAGCGACGAGAGAGCGGGCACACUGGCGGAGAAACGAGCCGACGCGGCGAUUCGCUUUCUGAAACGAAAGCACAGGAUACGCUUCUUCUCCUCCUUCUUCUUCUUCUUCUUCUUCAUUUUCGCUCCUCCUCGUUCCGAUGGGGGUCGAUUUGUCAAGUUGAACGGUGGAGGUGUCAGUUAUGAAAAAGAAGUGAUUGAGGCGAUCGAGAGCGGGCGCCGUCACUUGAAGAUGAUAUGGAGGAGGAUAGAAAGAUUAAAAGCAACAAGACGUUGAUUUAUAGACUCGUUGAUUACGAUUGACGAGGUACCAAGAUUGAUAGAACCUCGCCGCGGCGCCGAAGACGAAGGCUUUGAUUGACAGCGCCGGGAUUCAGAAGACCUCCCGGGGGCAGGUUGCACUUCUAGAGCAGACAAGUUGCAGAAGAGAUUGCGAUCAGAAGACGUUGCGCGAGCGUGCCCAAACUGAACCCAUAAAAAAGUUUUAAGUGCUCAUCAAACAGUUUAUAUUAGUGGUGUGACACAAGUCGUUGGUCACUAGUUGUGGUUAACUCGAUUUAUGUGAGUUUUAUGAUGUCGACUUGGUUCUUCUUCUGCAGAAGUCAACGUAUCUGUUGCUAUUCUGAUUCUUAUCUGCUGCCUCUCUCUCCUGCGACUAGCCUUGGGUUUCAUAGUUUAAGUGACGCACAUAAAUUGUCGCGAUUUGACACGUUUAGUGGUUGUUUAGCCGGGCGAGAUGAGUCUCUCUGAGUGAAUUGGCAAAGUGAGAGGGAUCGGACGAUGAUGAAAAUGAAAUGAUUGCAGGUUCAUCAAUGCUCGACGGAGAAUUGUGCAGCCGAUGAUCGAUCAGAACAACCGAGCUGGAAGAGUUCCGCAGAUGAAUGUGACGAGGAAUCGGCGACGGAAUCGAAGUGAGCAGUCUCCCGGCCCGAGCCCGGAUUCCGGAUCCGACAGCGGAGCCAACUACUCGCCGGAUCCUGCCGCGUUGGCAGCCGCCACGAUGCACUAUCCGGGCGCCGAGCUGUACAUGCAGAGGACGAUGAACUACGGAGCAUUCCCCUCGUUCCCCAACCCGUAAGUUGCUCUUUCUUCCUCUUAUCCAACCUUCCAGUGUGUUCGGUUUCAGCGCAAUGCCUUUCAUGAAUCCGAUGAUGGGAUUCCCGGUGGCUCCGACGGUCGAUGCGCUCGCUCCGAGUUGGGUUGAUCUGUCGACUCCUCACGAGUGA